CCAUUGCACGACCCCAUCCGGUAUAUCCGCCUUCUAAAAGUUCUGCCGGCGAAAAAAGGCGUCAUGCCCUGCUGCAGCAUCCGCCAAUUCAAGAAAGAUAACGCACCAGAAUAUCGCGCCCUUUCCUACUGCUGGGCCCCAGAGGAGAGGGAGAUCGAGAUAAACGAUGCCCCAUUCGGUGUCCGGAAAAACCUCUACGAUGUUCUGGAGCACAUCGCUGAGUUCCAGUAUCGCAAAAAGGGCUACACCACAGCGUCCUGGUGGCGGAUCGACGCCAUCUGCAUCAUGCAAGACAAGGACAACGAAGCUGAGGCGACUCGCGCAGCUGGGAAUCAUGAAAUACAUCUACGAAACCGCCGUCGAAACGAUAGCCUGGCUUGGGCCCGGCGAUAGGUCAUCGACGCGGGCGAUGAAAUAUAUCACGCAGAUCCCUCUAUCUACCAGAGAUGAUCUGGCCGAUGACACCUUGACCAUCGCCAACGAUGACUUCUGCGACGACAUCGAAGAGAACUUUGCCCUAGACCCCCGCUUCGCGAAAGCUAUUGACGAUAUCUUCACGAGGGAGUACUGGGACCGUGUAUGGGUACUGCAGGAGCUGGCAGUGUCUCAGAACACGACACUAGUAUGUGGAGACGGGUGGUUGAAGUGGGAUCAGCUGGUUGAAUUUUCAAUGAACGUGGCGAUGGCGGAUUUCAGUCGGCGAAGGCUGCGCGAGGCCAAACGGAAGGUGAUGGAUAAGCAGCCUGUGUGGCUUCUUUCACUGCUAUAUCGCCAUGGUACGCGUAGCCUUACCCUAGCGAGACUCGUUUACCUUUCUAAGGCGUCAAAGGCUACAAAUUCAGUCGAUUAUGUGCAUGCGUUGUUGGGUAUGGUCACCCGGGGAGAGGGGCAACGCAUGAGACCGAACAAGACGACGAAACAUGGAUGCGAGACGCUUUGUAAGGCUAUAAGAAUCAUGCUUCGGGAUAUCCCAUUGACGAGUAAUUUCAAUGAGACGAGGAGCGCUAAGGCUUGGCGGACGGCGAAAGCUGGGUAUCAUAAGCCCUUGGAUAAAAGUUCGGAUAUGCAAAGGAGAACGAAGUCUUGCAAGGGGAUUAGUUGUGAGACACUGCAGGCUGCGAGAUGGAUAGCGGCGAUUCUGUUUACGGGGAGGAGCCUGUAUACCAUGAAGACAAGCGGGCAGAUGAUACACUUUUAUCGCCGGUCAGUGGAGCGACUGGACAGCUGGGCAGAGAAUUGGUGAAUAGGACUGGACCAUUCUACGGAAGGGUAGUGAAUCGCAUUUUCCUUCUUCGUCUAGGCAUUUUCAUCUUCAACUGCCGACUUUCCUUGUGUGAAAUUUCCAACUUUUACGGUGCCUUGCCACAAGU